CUGGACCCCCCUCAGUCCUGGACCCCCCUCAGCCCCUGCUCCCUUCACCCCCAUUCCCCCAGUACCGGCUCCGAGCCGCCCUGUUACCCCCGUGCCACCGGAGAGCGCGGUGCCCGUCAGCAACCUGCCCUCAGCUUUUCCACUGUCCCUUGCAGUUCUUCCUGCAGGUUCCAAAGCAAAGCUCACACUCGGGCCUGACGAGAAGCGCUGGGCAAUUCUCUCCUCCCUCCAGCCACGUUGAGCAGCUUCAGGCUCAGAGGCCGUUCAGAAGCUCAGGGACCCGAGUAACUCAUGAACCCGAUGGUUUCCCUUUAGGAACUGGCAUUUGAGGCGUUUAUUUCCUUGUGCUUGCGGCACAGGUACAAGGCUGGGCGGUGCAUGUUUGUUUAACAAGUGCUGAGGAGGCAGAAACGCCGAGCUGUCAGUGCUAACCUGUGACCAGCACUAAAGGGUGGGAGAGCCUCCAGGACAGAGUUAGGAAUGUCCCCUGGGCCGAGGACACACGUGUCCAAGCAGGACACCCCAGAGUGGCAGAGAACCACGCCAUGACCCCGAGGAUCUGCUUCCAGUGCCAUUGCCUCCAGGCACCAGUUCUGCUUGGGAACUGGUGAGGGGGAUUGGCAGGUGGCUGGAGCACAGAGCACAGCAGAGCGGAGGUUGUUCGGAAGACCAGAAAAAAGGCAAAAACCCGUGUCUGCGCCGGCAGGGUGGCACUGCCAGCUGCGGGUGACAGAGCUUAGCACACCUAGGCCUGCCCAGGUGGUCUCAGCGCUUACAUCCCGUGGGAUGGGCAGCGGGCCGACCCCGAGCCCCCGGGACCGGCGGUGGCCCGGCCUGCCGCGCUCCGCACGUUCCGCCCUUCCCCUCCCGGGCGCCAGAGGGCGACCGACCCUCGCCGGCGGGGUUGGCGCGAUGCUCGCCGGGAGUUGUAGGCGCGGCGGGGCUGGCGCGACGCACGCCGGGAGCUGUAGGCGAGGAGCCCGCUAGAUAAGGCCGCCCGCCGAGGGUUCCGCGCGUUGGUGUUGUCACUUCCGGCGCGCAGAGGCCUGGCGGGAUGGCGACACGGCGGCGGGAGCGGGAUCCCGAUCCCGACGGGGCCGGGAUGGCGACGCUCCUUGAAAAGACCGUGAACGGCUGGGUCCUGCAGUUCUACUUCCACCGGGCCAUAGAGGCCUAUCGCUCCGGGCGCAACCGUGAUUUCCGCCAGUUCCGCGACAUCAUGCAGGCGCUGCUCGUGCGGCCCCUGGACAGGGAGCCGGACAUGACCCAGAUGCUCCGCAUCAUGCAGCUGCUGUCGCGGGUGGAGGAGGGCGAGAACCUCGAUUGCACCUUCGACAAGGAGUCAGAGCUGACCCCACUGGAGUCAGCCAUGCUUGUCCUGGACUUCAUCCAUGAGGAGUUCUCUGUGGCUGACAGGACGAUGGAGGCUGUGCAGAAAAUGGUCAAGGAAGCUGCUGUUGUCGUUUGUAUCAGGAACAAGGAGUUUGAAAAAGCUUCUGACAUCGUCAAGAAACACAUGGGGAAGGAGCCCAGAAACCAAAAGAAGAGGAACGAGUGGCUGGCUGUCAUCCGGGAGAAGAAUCCCUCUCACCCAAAGAUCAAAAACUUCUCCUACGAGGACUUCCAGCAGAGCAUCUUUGAGUUCCUCAAGGGCUACAUGGACGACUCGGAGCCCGCGCUGCUGACGUUAUUGAAAAAGACUUUGAAUUCGGAGCACGCCGGCAAAGCAAAAUCCUCGCCGCGGACUUCUGAGUUUGCAGAUGGGCUGAACGACCAGGCAGCAGCUCCAGAGGCCUCAGGAAGGGCAGAGGGCCCAGCCAGAGCUGCAGAGGUCUCAGGAAGGGUGGAGGACCCAGCCAGAGCUCCAGAGCUUGCAGGAGCAACAGAAGACCUGGAGGGAGCUACCUGCCCUGCAAAAAAACUAGCUAGUUCCACAGCAGCUCCAGAGAUUGUGGAAGAAGCCGGUGGCCCUGCAGCAGCUGUGGAACCCAUGGAAGCAGUCACUGACCCAGCAGCAACGCCUGAACACUUAACAGCAGCAUACGAGAUCCCGAAGGGCACUGCAGAGCCUAUGGAAGUAGCUAAAGAACCAGCAGCAGCAGCCCCAGAACUCCCCAGGGUGUCCACCAGGGAAUCACAAAGGCAGCCCCCCGGAGCUGUAACCUCGUGUGGGAUUUCUGUUCUGAGAGAAGCUUUCAAGAUCCUGUCGGACUCCGGGGACCCAGACGCCCUUUUCACCAAACUGGACCAAACAGACUUGCCUUCCCCCAAGCAACUGUCUCCUUCUGUAUCCCACAGAACCAAGAGAUGCAGAGAAGUGGAGAAUCAAGCUUCUGAGACCUCACAACCUCCUGAAAUACCCCAUAACAUGAAAAACUUGUUCAGCAUAAGCAAUCUGGUCAUGGAGUUGGACGGCUCCUCCAGCAAGUCGAGCGAGUGCCCCGACUCUUCCCAGGAGCACGUGGUCUCUUCUGCUUCCAAACCUGCUCCGAAACUGCCCGAUGAGCCCUUGUCUGCCCAGAGUGAGAAGUCCUUCCAAGGAAGGUGGAACAGCUCCUGUGGCACAGAGGAGAAGGACAGUUGGAGUGAUGAGGAUGAGCUCUUCGCAAAUGCAACAUCACUUGAGAAGAACAACCUCUCCAUCAACAGCUCCAAGAAACAGAAAUGGACCAUGCAGGAGAGCGAGUGGAUCAAGGAAGGGGUGAAGAAGUACGGGGAAGGGAGGUGGAAAGCCAUUUGCCUGAGGUACCCCUUCAGGAACCGCACGGCAGUGAUGAUCAAGGACCGCUGGCGGACCAUGAAGAAACUGGGAAUGCUCUGAAGUUGGGAGCCACAGGACUGUAUGGGUUUUGGACCUCUUUUUUUUUUUUUUUUUUUUUUUAAGCUAGAUCAGAGAGUUGUCUGUGCCAGUGGGGGAAGCCCCUCUGACACCAAAACCGUGGCUGGCAGGAACCCAGGAGCCUUGUGCUCCUGCUGUCUCUGCAGAGAUCAGUGUGCUGCACGUGGCAGGGGCUGUUUGCCAUCACUCCCUUGUGGAAAAGGCAGCACUGAGUCCCAACACUUCUGUGGGGAAGAGAUCCAGGCAACAGGAUCUACUGCUUUUUUUUUUUUUCCCCAUUCAUUUCUGUUUUGUAAAUGACUAAUCUGUGAAGAGAAAUUCCUCCCUUCCAGCUCUGAGGUUUAAAAAUACAAAAUUACUUUGUGUUUCAGUAUUUGGAACUGUAUGUUCUUUCUAUGUUAAAAUUUUUAGUUCUGUCUGACUUUUGGUCACGUUUUCUUUGGACUUUUCCUGGUACUAUCCUUGCUGUGUGUGAGCUCCAAGGGUGCCACAUGUUCCUGCCUUCAAGUGCCAAAGCUGGAACAGUCACUUGUAAAAUAAAGUUCCUUUCUUGUUUAAUAUCA